CUCCCCAGGCGACCACAGCCUGACAUUCUUCUGGGCGUGUGUAGGCGUAGUCGUUUUUUACAUCCACCGCGCUCGCCAAUAAAAUCCAACCAGAGACAGAUUCGCAGUUUUUCACACCUCGAGUUCGAUAAGUUCCCGACACAUCUUCAUCGCGGGAUACCUGGCUUCGUUCGUCGUCUGCUCUUACAUCGUCACGGACUACCAAGCCGGCUACUCUGAGAGAAUAAUCAAUGGGCGUGAGGUCCCUUGGAGGGAAUUACCCAACUCGAUUUGGCCUAGGUUCUACCAAUAUUACUUGGGUUAUAUGCCCCGCAUGUUCCAGAUGCUACAUAUCCGUGCUUGGGCAGCUGAAACUGAGACCCCACGGCCCGAAUGGGGAUAUUUUCUGUUCUGGUCGCAGCAAUGGUUUGCCGGGCUCAUCACCUUUGCCUUGUUUGUCUUGAAUCAGUCUCACCUUCGUCGAUUGAGUACUUUACCGAUGCUUGCACUUGUCUGGAUAGCGAUGACAAGUCUGAGCUGUGCUCAUUGCUUGCUGUUCCUGUUUAUACUUUUGACGCCUCCAGCAAGGAAACCCUACUGGUACAACACCGAAUGGCUGCACGGUAUCAUCGGAUGCGUGUCACUGGCCCAGCACAUCUUCGUGUGGCAGAUGAUGUACUUUCUCAACAGCCCUUUCUUCCAACGCCAGUUGCUAUUUACUUCAUUGUUAACGUUACUUGUUCCGUUACUCUCAUGGAUCGUGCCUAAAACUCCCGAUCACCACCGACGGAUCAAUAGUGUCCAGGAGUCACAGACCAAGGUCUAUUUCACGACCGGUCUGUUAUCAGUCACGCUUUGUCUCUUUUCGAAGUAUGUCAUAUUCUGGCGUACUGUCACCGAUCCUGAGGACCAUAUCGCCAACCGAUUGUAUCUCGACCAUCUUGACAUCCGUCACUUUUUUGUGGGGAUCUCUGGCUUGCUGAAAAUUUUGAAAGAUGAUCCUUCGAUGGGAGCUGUGGUCUGCGAUGGGAUAUUCACUUUCCUCUUGCUUUUGACAUGGAUUGCAGUGAGCUCGGUCAGUCUUGGAGGAAUGAUCAAAUGUUCAAUCCAUCCGACUCUCGAGACUAGACAAAGGACGGUUUGGGAUCCACGUAACGAUCUUGGUCGAGCAUUAGCAAGAGCUCCACAGCCUCCGGCGUAUAGCUCUUGGGUCGGCGAGCAUCUCUUCUGGAAGUGUGUGGUUGCGACAGCCUUGUACCUCUUUGGCGGUCUUGGAUGGGCAGCAGCCGCAAUCCUCGGGGCUGGAGGCGUUAGAUUGGACCCAUGAUUGAGUUGAUAGACGGACUGAUAGAUCUCAUCUGUGCUCUUGUAGCCAGCCUGGUGAUACGGACGUGACCUCUAUAUUCUGAUGUGUAUCGUCUACACAGCAAGCGAGCUGUGCGAGACAUCGUUAGUAUACUU